CGCGAGGGACCGUCCGCCUUUGUUGGGCCAGGCAGGCACAGGCGAGCAGCGCGUGAGCGCGAAGAGGAGGUCUCGCUCUCGCAGAUUCCACCCCACCCCGCCGCGCAUGCUCGCCAUCGGCGUGCCGUGCCGUCCCGUCAUCCGAUCCCAAAUCCGCAACCCGCACCGUCCGAAGCCAAAAUCUCACGCUUCUCCUCCGCCUUCCUCCGAGCCGACCCCCGUGAUCCCUAAGAUCAAGACAAUCCCCGGCCCGGCCAGCCCCCGCCGCCGCCCCCUCCUCGCCCGGCGAAGAUGCACCUGUGGCCGUCGCUCCGGAUCCGGGACUCGUUCAAGCACGCCUACCUGGAGAAGCUGGAGUUCAACCUCGCCAACAAGAAGCGCGCGCAGGGGCAGGGGCAGGGGCGGCAGGGCCAGGACGGGGACGAACAGCAGGCGCCGCUGCUCGAGGGCCGCUCGUCGUCGAUGGUGGCCACCGCGGUCGAGCUCGCCUGCGACGCCGCCAUGCUACUUUCGUGCUGCUGUUGCUGCUUCUGCUGCGGCGCUUGUGGUGGUGAGGAGGACGAUCCUCUAACAGCUCGCUGAUGCCUGACGCUGAGCGCCACCUCCAGAAACCAGAGAACUCAAUAGAUCAGGGAAAGCAUAUAAUGCAUGCAGCUGUAACGGGUCGUAAUCAAAUUAAUUGUACAUAUGGAGUUUCGAUCUUCUGCUGUUGUGGCCCGGAUUAAAAUGCCACUGACAAGUAGUCUUAUUGGAUCAUUUCCUAUUUCGCAGUAGGAAAUUUCUGCAGUGCAGGCUCCAUAAUUUAUCUGUAUACUCCAUAGCCGUAUGUAAUUCAGUUUCAGGGUAUGUGCAACUGCCAUUUCCCA